AUGGACACCACAUUUUAUGCAAAGUUCCGCCGCCACAAACCCUCCCGACGGGACUCCCUUGCAUCUGCGGCCUCGCACAGAAGGUUACCCAAAUGGCUGUUGCACUUCUUGAAGAAAAAGUUCCCGCAUGACUCGGAGACUCCUCUAGACUCAAAAAGAAGCUCCUCAACUCCAUCGCACAGCAGUGACAGCUCUGGUGAUGACGUGGUGGUUUACAGCGACACCGGCUACCCUAGGAUUGACGGGGAUCACCAAGUGGCGACAAUCGACUCUGAACCAGCUAUUUUGAGGUUCCUGGACCGAAUUACACAGAGGAUCAAAUUGGAGUUGGACCUAGACAACAAUGAUGGCCACAAAACCCAUGGAUCUGGUCAGAAACGCCAUGCAGACAACCCCAAUCAAGGAAGCCAUGAGGAGAAGAAACAGAAACAAGGUCAAGGACCCCAAAAUACUGGGGGUGGAGGCGGAGGUGGAGGCGGGAAGAAAAACGGCGGGGGAAAUGGUGGAAAGCAACCCCCGGCGGACGGCCACAGGUACCCUGUCCCGCCCCCGCACAGUGGCCCCCAGAAAAAGCUCCCUUUCGCAUGUCCCUUCCACAAGUUCGAUCCGGUCCGCUACGAUUGCUGUGGUAGUGUCCGGCCGAAACGCCCCUGCGAUGUCUCCCAACACAUUAAGCGAUGCCAUUCUCUGAGGGACGUCAAGCAGAAGACUGCUAACACCGAACACGCGAACAACGCUGAAUCUGCAGACAACAAUGAACUCGCAGGCAAUGCUGAAGCCGAGGAAGAAGUUUCUUUCUACUGCCCAAAAUGUCGCAUGGAAUUUUUUGGCACUGCCGCUGAGGCCAAUCUCCAACAGCAUUUGCCAUGUCAAACACCUCAGCCAGCGACGAUUGAACAGACCGGGAUGCUGCUGCCUGCAGAGUUUGCUCAACUUAUUGCUGCACGGAACAAGGCGUCUGGCGACAUUCCUAAGUGGUACGCUAUGUGGAAAGCUUGCUUGCCAAACCAACCUGUCCCGAAAUCACCAUAUUUUGCUCUUCCUGGUCAAGAGGCAGUGGUUGAGACAUUGGCUGUUCUACCUGAGGUUGAAGUUGAGACACUUGCUCCUCGCUCGCAGGCGGGAGAAAUCAUCCGCCGAGCUCUCAAUGAUUGCCUUUCCCACUUCUUUCUCGCUGAAGACGAGAUCGAUGUGAUCGUCAACCAGGCCUUGAAUGGACUUUACCCUGGGUCUUCCGGGGCCGAACCACAGACAAGCACAGAUACCCGUUUGGAGGUCCAACAGAGGCAGAUGCCCCGACGGCAAAUGUUCCAGCAUCAGAUAUCACAACAGCCACUUAAUGAUGCUGUCACUUCCACUGUCUUUGGCCCAUCUGCCUUUCCCGCCGCUCCCCAAGCCUAUCCACCAUCGCAUCAACUGUACCAAAAUCCUUCUGACCCUGCACCCUUUGCCCCCACUCCUCGAGUCGUUCCAAAAGCAAACGCCCAGAUACAGAAGCCUUACUAUGGUGCUCCUUUCGCUGAUGCUACAGUCCUCGCUCUGCCUCCUCAGCAUAGCCCUCAAAUGUCACCUCCGGCGGCGGAUAUUGAAACAGGCCCUCCUGUGCCUUUUCGCUCAGCGCCUGGACCUGUAGCAUCAGAGACCUUGCCAGCGUCUCAAGCCAUGAACAACUCUUCCCUUUAUGACGUCAAUGACGACAUCUUCGAUGGCACUGGGUUUCCUGUGCCCAACCAGAAUGGUGCUAAUGUGUCUAGAUUCCCUUCUCUUGAAGGCAAUGGUUUCCCCAUGAAUAAUGGCAUUGACUAUAAUGGCCUCCCGUGGUGGAGCAAUAAUGGUUAUCAAGACCCUAAUUGGAGUAAUGGUUUAUGA